AGUAGCUGAAGAGUAUUAAAAAAAAAAAACCAAAGACGCCAGGAAUAAAUCCAAAUAUCCACAACAUGAAGUGCUUUUUCCUCUUAGUGGCAUUUACAUUGAUGCUGAGCCAAGCCUGGGCUGAGGAGGCCAGCGAGAGCGAGGAUCAAGUGAGUGCCGCCAGCAGCUAUGCCCCGCUGCAGGAUAAGAAACAGGAGAAGCGCUAUGUGGGUGGCUAUACCGGCGGCUAUAAUGGUGGUUAUGGAAGCGGACUGGGUUUGGAUAGCUACUACAAUCCGUAUACGUCACGAGGAUUGGGUGCUUUAGGUGAGGAUGGCACUGGAUUGGCUGGAUAUGGUGGUGGUUAUGCCGGUUAUGGCGGCUAUGGCGGAUACGGCGGCUAUGGCUCCAGCUUGGGUGGCUAUGGAUCAGCUUUGGGUGGUUAUGGCUCUGCUCUAGGCGGCUAUGGAUCAGCUUUGGGUGGUUAUAACUCAUAUAACUCGAAUCCUUAUGCUCUCUCCUAUUACAAUUCCCGUCUGGGCGGCACCGGCACUGGCUAUCCGUAUUACAAUACCCGUUUCGGAGCCGGUGGCUAUCCAUCCAGCUACUACACAAGCAACUACGGCAACAGUGUGGUCGGUGGCGGACUUGGAGCCUUGGGUGGCAUUCCGCCCAUUGGCAGUGGGUAUAAUUAUGGUGCCGGAAUUUCAGGAACAGUCUAUUAAGAGCCAUUGCCAAUGCCCAUUCUCAUCUCUCACCACCCAAAACGUUUGACAUUUAAGUUUAGUGAAAUUUUCUUUUUCUUCUUUUUUUUUUUUGGAUC